AUGGUUAAGUCUUCGCUCUCUACACUCGUUAUUACUACUGUGCUCGCCGCUGCCGUCAAUGCUGACCCCACGGAAUACUGGCCUUCGUUUUUUGUGCAAAAGGUUUCUGACGACGCUGGCAACACGCAGCGGUCGUUGAUGGAAGGCCUUGUCAACGACAACAAGGAGCGAGCGUUAUUGGACGAAAUCGAAAACGAAAGCCGUCCCAAGUGGAAGCGCGCCAAGGGGGGCUCAGGCUCCGCUGGAAAAGCCAGCGGUGGAAAAGCCAGCGGUGGGAAACCCAGCAAUGGGAAACCCAGCGGUGGGAAUGCAAGCGGUGGAAAACCUAAUGGAGGCACCAGCAGCCCUCCAGCAUCCAGCCCUAACGCGUGGGGUCCUCCAAAGAACAACGGCGCCAGCUCCAACAACGGCGCUAACUCCAACAACAACAACAAUGGCGGUGGCAAAUCCGGUAUCCUCUCCGGUGCGCUUGGAAAGAUUGGCUCCCAAGUUGCUAACAAUUACUUCCCGACAGCGGUUUCCACGGUUGUUAGUCAAUCGAUCAUCCAAGCUUUCGCUCAAGCCCAAAACGCUAAGUCUGGCUCCAGUGAUGGCUCCGGCGAUGGUUCGGUAACGGGAAAAGAUAGCGUCUUUGCUUACAACAACGACGACGGCUGGAAUGGCUUGGACUUGCACAGCGAUUCUGCGGCGGCGGUUGAAUUGAAGGGCAAUGAAGGUAAUAUGCUCGAGCAGUUCUCUUUCAAUUUGCCUAGCGACAGAAGCAUCAGACUCGAUGGCUACGUUGACACACAAUACCACUGGAAAGUGUAUGUUGCUGGUGGCAACGGUGAUCAGGUGGGUACUUGUUGGUCUGAUGGUGAUGCCGGCCAGGCUAUUGACAACCUGGACAUCACGAGAGUGGUACGCUGUCAAGUCACCGUUUGA